AUGUCCUCUGUCAAAGCCGAAGUUAGCGAAUCCGAACUUACGAUUGGCCCCGCUCGACCAGAUUGUGGAGAUCAAACGUCGCCGGGCGCCAAUAUAAACGACAGUGAUUCCGGGCCUCCAACUCCCAAUCCUCCUACCUUGGCUCUACCCAAGUUGGUCAAAAGAGAAAACGAUGAGGAUGAUCCUCUAACUUAUCUCGUCGAGUUGUUUGGUCUUACCACGCUUGAUGACUCUGACGAUUCCGGUGAUUCUGACGACUCUGACGAUGAUAGUGAGAAUGAGUCGGAGCCUCGUGACAGAGCUCUCGAUAACAAGUGCGGUCGCUUAUAUUAUUAUGACGACUUUAGGAGAGUAUACUCAGAAGGGGGAACUCUCAUCCAUGAUGGUUUCUCAGACCUUCUCUCUCCAUUCCAGAUUGAUGGAGUGCCAUAUUGGUUCAGCAUAGACGGCCUACUAUCCUGUGAUACAGACGGCACACCUUAUUCUGUCUUCACAUGGCACAAUGGCCCUGACCCGCUCGACCUGUGUGAACUCCUUGGUCCACAAUUUAUCUCUCCUGCUGAUCCACUUUCUCAACCCGACUUGACCCCUUAUUCUCAUCACACUCCUUCACUUGAACCAAUUUCCGGUCAACUCUACCCCGCACUCAUAGGCAAGACCGAAGUGUUCUCCCCAAGUGUCAACCCAAACUCGCUUCAACAGGCAUUCCAAGGAGGACUAAAGCCCCUCGUAUGGUCACCGACCGCCUCGGACCAAAAGUCACCAAUAGUCUCUGGAACAAGUCGCGCGUCGUCUAUGGGACCACCACUGUUCCCAGAGACACAAUGCGGUCUUCCUCUAACCAACUCAAUAGUUGAUAAAUGGAGAGCUGAAACGCUCGAAGCUCAACAGGAGGCAGCAAGGGCGCGCCCAGUAAGGAAAGCUGACAAGAACGAACGCCGGCGCUGCCCUGUUUGCAACAAGAUCUUCCGUAGGCCGAGUAGUCUAGAGGACCACCUCAAUGUGCACUCUGGUGAUAAACCACACGUAUGCCCAUUCAAGGGUUGUCACACCGGCUUCGCUACCAAGUCAAAUAUGAAACGACACUUCCUCACUCACAGGGUCGGCCCACUAGAGGAUUAUGGAACUGGCAUGAUCCAUCAGCCGGAUGUUGUUUACAAGCUCGACGGGACUGGCCCAAAGAAAACGAGUCGCCCGCCCACCGUACCCUACAACUCUAGAGCACAUCACACGAUGCGAUUCCGUGUCUCCCCCAACUAA